UGUCACUGGGAAGUGCGCUACCUCCCCUGGUUUACAAUAGCGCCCCUCAGCGUACAUGAGGAGAAUCGCAAGCGGCCAACACUCUUACUCCAUCAGAGUGAAGAUGGCGGAGGGUGAAUUGAACGUGGACAGCCUCAUCUCUCGGCUUUUGGAAGUGAGGGGAUGUCGCCCGGGGAAGAUAGUGCAGAUGACCGAGGCGGAAGUGCGAGGCCUCUGCAUCAAGUCCCGGGAGAUCUUCCUCAGUCAGCCCAUCCUGCUGGAGCUGGAGGCCCCGCUUAAGAUCUGUGGCGACAUCCAUGGGCAGUACACGGAUCUACUGCGGCUCUUCGAGUAUGGCGGCUUCCCCCCAGAGGCCAACUACCUGUUCCUGGGCGACUACGUGGACCGAGGCAAGCAGUCACUGGAGACCAUCUGCCUGCUGCUGGCGUACAAGAUCAAAUACCCCGAGAACUUUUUCCUGCUCAGGGGCAACCAUGAGUGUGCCUCCAUCAACCGCAUCUACGGCUUCUACGAUGAAUGUAAGCGCAGGUUCAACAUAAAGCUGUGGAAGACCUUCACCGACUGUUUCAACUGCCUGCCCAUCGCUGCGAUAAUUGAUGAGAAGAUCUUCUGCUGCCAUGGAGGACUCUCGCCUGACCUGCAGUCAAUGGAGCAGAUCCGCAGGAUUAUGAGGCCAACAGAUGUGCCUGACACAGGCCUCCUCUGCGACCUCCUGUGGUCCGACCCAGACAAGGACGUGCAAGGCUGGGGGGAGAACGACCGCGGUGUGUCCUUCACCUUCGGCGCCGACGUGGUCAGCAAAUUCCUCAACCGCCACGACCUGGACCUCAUCUGCAGAGCCCACCAGGUUGUGGAGGAUGGCUAUGAGUUCUUUGCCAAACGCCAACUGGUCACUCUCUUCUCAGCACCCAACUACUGCGGGGAAUUUGAUAACGCAGGCGGCAUGAUGAGCGUGGACGAAUCGCUCAUGUGUUCCUUCCAGAUCUUAAAGCCGUCAGAGAAGAAGGCCAAAUAUCAGUAUGGGGGGGUCAAUUCUGGUCGGCCUGUCACUCCAUCCCGCACGACUCAGGCCCCCAAGAAGAGGUGAACGUACGGCCUUCUGCCCCCCUCCCCCCUUUCGCCCCCACACACCGCAUACAGUCACCCCACCCCCAUGCCUCCACCUCCCAGGCUUAUCUGAACACCCAGCCCCCCCACCCUCCUCCCGACUCCACUGACAGCUCUUUUCAUAAUGUGUACAUAAAUUUGCUGUGACCAAUCACUUUUUUUGUUUUUUUUUGCCUGUUAAUAUUUUUGAUAUUAACACGUUACUGUGGUUUCACUCUUGAGUUAGAGCAAGUUUUUUUUUCUUUUUAAAUUUCAUGCAAAAGACAAAAAAACAGUCAAUAUGAUGUUGUUUUUGCCUCUAUCACUCAUAAAUUAACCCGACAUGAAUAACAUGAUAAAAUACGCUUACAUGUGUAUUAUGUAUAUUUUAAUAAAGCAGCAACAUAAUCCACAACCAGUAUUGACAUCCUCCUCUAUUUAUAAUCCUUUCUGUUUUGUGGUGAGACACGUGCAUCCAUUUGCAGGCAUUUCAGGAAUUCAAUGGUCAGUAUUUUCAAUUGUUUUUGUUAUUUUUGCAGCAUAAUAAAACACCACAAUAUUUGCUGUUGCACAAAAUGUCAUUUGGUGGCUUUGAGGCAAAAUUGUCCAACCUCCCCCUCUCUCUUUUUAUUGUUUAAAUCUGUAAUAUUUCAUUUUUUUAAUAUGUAAGUGUCGGUGCACGUUCAGCAUUGCUUCGUGAUUGUGACGCCACCUGGUGUUUAGAUACAGUAGUGCAGCACCAAGUAGGCAUAAAAAUCAACUACGUAUGUGCAAAGAUCCUCCUGGUUCCAAAUGAUGCCGCCUCGAGUCUGUCGCAGAUGUGCUCUCGUUUGGAUAUUUCUCUGCUUAAUUUGUUUUUGUUUGCUCUAUUCACAUAGUUUUUAAUUUAUUUCCUAAAAUGAUGACAUGAAGCGAGUGAGGUGUUAACCAAAAGCAUUUUUUGCAAUUUGUACGAGUUUGAAAGUCAAUAAAUGAAUAAAACAUG